AUGGGCGUCCUCUCGAGAUCAACGAGAAUUAUGUUUUACUCGCGAACUUUUAGUCCAGAAAUGAGUGAGAAAUACACAAAUAGACAAUUAGAUAUUAUCUUAGAGAAGGUCUGCCCUACUAGUUUAAUUUUUUCUGACAUUCAAAGAGAUGUUUAUAGUAUAGACCAUGUCGAUAACAAUUUUCUUGAAGUUAUACAACUGCCAAUAGAUGAAAAACACUUGUUGAGGCUUUCUGAUAGUAUUUUGAGCUUUAAAUUGUUUAAUUGUAGAUUUGGAAUACGAGAGCCCUUUGGUGCAGACUUUUUGAAUAUACAAACAUUUAAUUUGAACGGCGUUGAUAAAGGAAGGUUCUGCAUAAAAGCGCCACAUUUAAAAACGAUUUUUAUCGAAAAUUCAAUGGAAGUCAUUUUUGAUAAAAUGUGCGAAUUUCAGCAACUUGAAGUUGUCCAGGUGUGUAAGUCUUGUACUAUCAAAUUUAAAACAAAUUGCACAACAAAAGUGAAACGAAUUAUUUGCAGUGAAGCGACUUCAACUUCAAUUCAUAUGGAAAUUCCAGAGGUCCAGAAUGUUUCUAUUUCGCAGUGCACAACUCUGAAAAUAUCAAAAUUGAAACUUGAGAAGUUAAAUACUGAAAUUUAUAUAAGAAAUUCAUAUGUUAAAUUUGAUGGAUUUGAAUCUAAAAUUGAUAAAAUUGAAUUCUACUACAGUGAAAACAAAAAUAAUGUAAUUAGAAACGACUGCAAUGAAUUUUGUGGGCUGUCUAAAUUUGUACCAAUGUCGCUUGGGUCUGUAGUUACCAAGAACAUUAUCCCUCAAAGUGAGUACCACAAAGACUUAGAUUAUGAGAUGUUAAUUUCGUUUUAUUUUUGGGACAAGAUGGGGUAUACACAAAACAUUACGUAUAUCAACUCGACUGGAAAGUCCGAGAACUAUAAUUCCAAUGACUUAAAAUAUUUUGAGAUCAGUGUGGAAGGACUUAGUUGUGUGUCAUUAGGAGUCGUGUCAAGUACAUACUAUUUGUUUAAGUAUUUAAUGGUGGGGGACUCCUUCUAUUGGAAUGGAUUCUAG